UUGGUAUCGCUUGCAUAGGUACCCCGUUGGUUGUCCAGUUGCGAACAGACGGGAGCGGGCGUUUGCGCGCCUGCCCAAUUCUCCCCGCGCUGGAAACCACUAAAGGCCCACUUUCCCCUGUCUUUUCUGCAAGACCGUUAAUCAGGUGGCAAACCACUGCGACGCCGGCGUCAGCAACUCUGCGUCAAGAACAUACUAGAUGUCGCUUAUCCUUGAGGCUGAGUAUCAGCUCCAACCUUCACGCGGAGGUCGUGAGUCUGCCCUAUAACGAUCGCGGCGCUCUUGCCACCACAUGCUCGUAAGCCCAAAAUCCAGCAAUACGGACUAUAUCGCGCCACGAAAGACAAGUGUCAGAAUCCUGCGAGCUGCAAAUGCGACGGGUCUUGCACAACGCGAGAGCUCCCGCCACCGACGACGGAGAAUUGGCGUUCCGCUAUCCUGGCCGCCCGCCACGACUUCAGUGGCACUCAUGUUCGCCACAGGAUACACUGUGACUGAAAGCGUUGACAAAGCUGGCGAGCGAAUCGGACGUGCAAUGGAGCCUUCAAAUAUCAGGCAGAUGCGAGUGUUGCUCCUCGGCCCGACUCACCUCUCGCGUUCUUCACAAAUGCUGCUGGAAAGCAACCUCUGAUCAGGCCAACAGCAAGACCGCUGGCCAGAGGUUGAAGUGGUGCAUCAGCAAUACAAGUCUCGCCUACGCGUGCAGCUGGCCGGCGAAUUACU